AUGGUCAACUUUGAGCAAGCCGCCGAACUCGCCAAGAACUUCGCUAAGAAGCCCACGGACUCUGAGUUCCUCGAGUUCUACGGCCUCUUCAAGCAGGCCACCAUUGGAGAUGUUAACAUCGAAAAGCCCGGAGUGCUGGAUCUGAAAAAGAAGGCCAUGUAUGAGGCGUGGAGCUCGCACAAGGGCCUGUCCAAGGAUGCGGCCAAGGAAGCAUACAUCAAGGUCUACGAGAAGUAUGCGCCCAAAUACGCCUAAACGAUGAACAGCAGCAAGAUUAAAAGUCAUUUCACAAGCACAAUAAAUAUUGAAUCUUACCCA